AGUUUCAAGGACCCGGAUAAUCCCGCCCACAGAGCAGAGCCGGAAGAGGGUGGGACAAGCCGGAAGAAGGCGGGACUAGCCAGCCGGAAGCAGGCUCAAUGCUUUGGGUAGUCGCUUCAUGGCUGUGAAGAUGGCGGUAGCUGCGUGGCUUCAGGUGUCUCCUGUCAUUUUUCUUCUUUUGGGGUCGCAGCCGUUCCCAUUGUCGUUUUUUGGUGCAGGACCAGCACCCGUGUUUGCUGCAGAUAGAUCAAAGUGGCACGUUCCGAUGCCGUCGGGGAAAAAUUAUUUUAGUUUUGGAAAGAUUCUUUUCAGAAAUACUACUAUCUUACUGAAAUUUGAUGGAGAGCCUUGUGAUCUAUCUUUGAAUAUAACCUGGUUUCUGAAAAGUGCUGAUUGCUACAAUGAAAUCUACAACUUCAAGGCAGAAGAAGUAGAGAAAUAUUUGGAAAAUCUCAAGGAAAAAAAAGGCUUGUCUGGAAGAUAUCAAACGUCAUCAAAACUAUUUCAGAACUGUAGUGAACUCUAUAAAGCACAGAGCUUUUCUGGGGAUCUUAUGCAUCGACUUCCUCUUUUAGGAGAAAAACAGGAGUCUAAGGAGAAUGGAACAAACCUUACCUUUACAGGAGACAAAAUUGCACUGCAUGAACCAUUGCAGACUUGGCAAGAUGCACCGUAUAUUUUUAUCGUGCAUGUUGGCAUUUCGUCCUCAAAGGAAUCACCAAAGGAAAGUGCACUGAGCAAUCUUUUUACCAGAGCUGAGGUUCCUGUACUGGCGUUACAGGUGGCUGUAAGCCUCCCAACAUGGGUGCUGGGAUCUGAACUCAGGUCUUCUGAAAGAGGAGUUUGUACUCUCACCUGCUGAGCCGGCUCUCCAGUUCCUUUCUUCUGUAGCUACGUCACGUUCAGAGUCUUUACCUUUUACCUGGAAUUUUGCAGUAACUGUUGUAGUUUCCGUGGUUUCCAUUUUUGUUUAUUUAAGUCUCUGUUCAUAAUAAGUUGUCCUAUAAUUUUCUUUCCUCACACUGUCAUUCACUGAUUUGGCAUCCAGAUUAUGAUAACCUCAUAUAGUGUAUUAGAGAAUGUCCCUAUUUUUAUAGUUUGCAAACAGUUGUAAAGAGUAAACUAACCUGUUUUUUUCUGUUAGAACUUUCCUUACACUACUAUUGGAAUCUGAUUCUCAGUGUCUACCAACCUCUGUAGGUUUUCUUUAAUAGGAGAAAGGACUAUUCUAGUUCUUUUUCCUCGUAUCAGAGGCAUGCAUGUGUUUUGAGAAAGUGUUGAUUGCAUUCAAGAUUUCAAAUUUAUUGACAAGUUUUUCUUAUUUCUUUACAAGUAUCUCUGUCUAUUCCUUUUUAUAAUCUUUAAUAUUGCUAGGCAUGGUGGGUACACAUAACUCCAGCAGUCAAGAAGUGGAAGCAGAAGGGUCAAGGAGUUCACAGCCAUCCUUGACUGCACAGUGAAUUUGAGGCUAGCUUGAAGUAUAUGAGACCCUGUCACAAAACCCCAGAAGUGAUGGCUGGAGAGGUGGCUCAGUCAGUAAAGUCCUUGCCACUCAAAUGUGGGGGACUGAGAUUGGAUUCCUAACCUUCAGCUCAAAAGCUGGCCCAGUGGUGAACCUCUGUAAUCCCAGCACAGGAGAGGCAGAGACAGUUAGAUCCCUGGAGCUGCUGGCCAGCCAGUGUAGUGGGGGGGUGCCAGGUUCUGUGAGAAACUCUGUCUCAAAAUUUAAGAUGGAGAGCAACUGAGGAUGCUGCCUGAUAUCAGCCUCUGUCCUCCACACAUGUAUGCAUGCUUACACACAGCGUGUACACUCAUGUAUCACACACACAAAACCAUGAAUUACGUAAAUAAUAGUCUUUUAGUAUUGCCUUUGUGUUCUUUAGGUUGUUAAGUCUCCGUGGAAUUUUGUUUUAUUUUUAUCCCUGUGGACUAGCUUUGGCUUUGUUAAUUUUCCCAACUAUUUUGUGUAUUUCAUUGACCUUUCUUAUUUGAUUCGCUUUUAAAUUUUUAUGAUUUUUAUAGUGAGUCCUUAACUCCCAAUUCAGAAAUAGGUUUUGCUUUGCCCCAUAGUGAUAUAGGGGUAUAGCAGAUCUAGACAGACCAGGUAGUGACCUGACAUAAUUUCUAGACCUUGGAAUAUGUAUUUCUCUAGGUUAGUGGUUCUCAGACUUCCUAUUGCUGUGACCCUUUAAUACAGUUCCUCAUGUUGUGGUGAUGCCCAAUCAUGAAAUUAUUUUCGUUGCUACUUCAUAAUUGUAAUUUUGGUACUGUUAUGAAUCGUAAUGUAAAUAUCUGAUAUUCAGGAUUUUUGAUAUGUGACCCCUGUGAAAGGACCCUUCAUCCCCAAAAGAGGUUGCAACCCAGAGGGUAAGAACCAUUGUUCUAGGUUCACAACUUUCUAACAGGUAAAAAAAAAAAAAAAAAAAAAAAAGCAGAAGAGAGCAGUUGCUGGUAUUUACUUUCAAUCGAUUCAUAAAGAAGAGGGAGAGAGGCCCUGCUUUACCCACUUUGUGCAUCUAACCAGACUCUGGUCCCUUUUUCCUGUUUGAAUCUCACUAGUUUUAGUGAGCGCAAAAGAACUACAUAUAAACUGCCAUACCCUGUUUUUGUGACCAGAGUACAACAUGACUGUGGCUUUAGUCUCCUGUACUGGUCUGUGUUUCCAUUCCAUUUCGACUCCUGGAAAUAUUUGUCUUGUUUUCACAGUUAAUAUCUUGCUUUUUCUUUUCUUUUUGUUACAUACUUGUUUUUUGGAACUGAGGGGACACAUUAAAGCAUGCUUAACAAUACCACCUGAAAGUCUAGAAUUAUCUCUCUGAACGUUCUUUUCUUUCAUCUUGUUUGUUUGUUUGUUUGUUUGUUUGUUUGUUUGUUUGUUUGUUUUCCAGUGCUGGGAUUGGACCUAGGGCCUCACGUAUGCUGUGCAAGUGUUGUGCUUAGCCCAGAUGUCUCCGUUUGAUUUGUUUUUGAGACAAGGUCUAGCUGUAUAAUCCAGGUUGGCCUCAGACUUGCAACAAUCCUCCUUCCCCAGUUUCCCAAAUGCUGAGAGUAUAAGUCUGUGACUUCUUUCAUUGUCUCAUUAAAGCCUCUGAUGGAGCCUGGCAUCAGAGGCCACAGUUACAGUCAGGCACCAAACCCAGCUAGCUACAUCAGAGUUUCACUUAUCAGUCAUUCGUAGAGUUUAUUCAACUUUUUUACCAGUGGCAGUGUUUAAACCAUCAGUCUUUUAUUGAGACAGGUCUCAUGGCUCAGACUGGCUUCAAACUCUGAAUCCUCCUGCUUCUUCCAGAUGCUUGGAUUGUAGUCAUGUACCACCAUAACUGGCUCAAAACGUUCAUCUUACGAUCAGUAGAGUUACUUCAGUGAGGCAGAUUUCUCUGAUUCAUCUUGUAGAUAACACUUUUUGUUGUUGUUGUUGUUGUUGUUGUUCCGUAAAUGCUAUGUAUUAGUCAGGUUUCUGCAAAAUGUUUGGUAGCAAGUUCUGGGAAAGGUCGGUUCUGGUUUGUUAAUGGUGCUGUGCUUUGAUCUGAACUUGUGUGGGUUCUUUUUGGUUUUGUUAGCUUUGGUUUUCAUUCUUGAGUGAAGAGUCUGCUUAUAUAAGUAGGGAGCUGCUGGAUUGUCUUUAUAUCUUAUUUUACCAGGGACAGUGUAUUACUUGUAUAAAUCCUUAUGAAUUUAAGCUUUUUAAAAAAUACUCUCAUUUUGAAAGUGAUAUCUGUCUUGCAAGAUCAUAAAAAAUAAGUUAAAAAAAUUAGGGAAAUAUAGUAAAGAUGGACAGAAGACAAGAAUAUUAGGAAUACAUUGUAAGAAGUAUACCAAGAAUGUUUGGAAUUUCUUUGUUUGUUUGUUUUUCGAAACAGGGUUUCUCUGUGUAGCUUUGCGCCUUUCCUGGAACUCUGUAGCACAUGCGGGUCUCAAACUCACAGAGAUGCACCUGCCUCUGCCUCCUGAGUGUUGGGAUUAAAGGCGUGCGCCACCACCGCCCGGCUGAGUGUUUGGAGUUUAAAGUAGGUGGAAUAGUUCUAGAUGGAAGCUCAGGGAUGGCUUUGUGAAGGAAUGUCAUUUAGUCUUUAAAGAAUGUGAGUGUGGGACUGAGGUGGUCAGUGUGUAAAGUGCUUGUGAAGUGUUUACACGGAGGACCCCAGUUGUAUUCCCAGCACUCAUAGGGGAAAAAGCUAGGUGUGGUAGUGUACACUUGUAAUCACAGCACUGGGGAGGCAGUGAAAGCAGACUCCCCUGGGCUUCCUGGCCAGCCAGCCUACCCUUUUUGGUGCUUUCUAGGCCAGUGAGAGACCCUGUCUCAAAAAAGAAGGUAGUGGGGGAAUCAGGCAUAGCACCUGAAGAAUGAUACAGUUUUCUGGCCUCCACAAACAUGAACACACAACCUGCACAAAUACGUUGUACACACACAGAGAAUAUGAAUCUGGAAGGAGUCUUUCCCACUUAAGACAGGAGUGUGAGCCAGGCAUAGUGGCACACUUUAAUCCUAGCCCUCAGGAGGCAGAGGCAGGUGGAUUUCUGUGAGUCCAGCCUGGUCUACACAGUGAGUUCCAGGACAGCCAGGGCUACAUAGUGAGACCUUAUCUCAAAACAAACAAACAAACAAACAAACAAACAGAAAGACUAGAUUGUGGAUGAGCCAUGAGACUAAUACAUGGAUUUCAAGUUACUGUGUAUAUCUAAUGUAUUAUUCACCAUGACUGAAGUGUUUAAAAGUGAGUUGAUGAAACUUUCACUAAUUUAAUAAAGUAAUCAUUAAUCAGA